AACAGGAAACAUUCCUACCUACAUUUUUCUGACUUUGUCUGAAUAGACCUGAAUCUUGACUGAAAGUUAAAGGUCAAAGGGCAGAGCGUUCUUACCCGGGGCAACCGAAACGAUUUCUUUUGUUCACUGUGAAGGGUGGAUUUUAAAGAUUCAAGAGAAGAUUGAGGAGAUUAGGCAACACGAGGAAGACAAUGACAUUGUUUUCCUUUGCAACGGUAGGUGGCAGCAUUUAGCCAGAGUAGUAAUUUUGCAGAGCUAGGAUGACAAGAGAACUUUGUCCGUACUGAGUGUAGUGAAUGUCAGGGACCGACGUGGCCUCAGUGGAGAGAGAGAGCGAUCACAGGAUCAGAAGAUGACUGCUGAGCCUCUGACUCGCUCCGAGCUGUUUGUUCAGCUCAGAAAGGAGCUCUUUGGUGAGGAGCGCUCCACUUUUUCUAAGACGCACAUAUUCGUCAUUCUUGGUGCCUCCGGAGAUCUCGCUAAAAAGAAGAUCUAUCCAACUUUAUGGUGGUUAUUCAGAGAUGGCCUGCUCCCAGACAACACCUACUUUGUGGGUUUUGCUCGUUCUAACCUGACAGUGCAGAAUAUCAAGGCAGAGUGUCUGCCUUACAUGAAGGUCAGUGAUGGAGACCACGAGUGUCUCUCAGCCUUCUUCAGUAAGAACUCGUACCUGAGAGGCAGGUAUGACGACGGCCCCUCCUUCGACCAGCUCGGUACUCAUAUGUCAUCUCUUCCUGGAGGCACAGAUGCCAACAGGCUGUUCUACCUGGCCCUGCCCCCCACUGUGUACCAGCAUGUCAGCACCAACAUCAGAGCUCACUGCAUGAGCAGCAGAGGCUGGAACAGAGUGAUUGUUGAGAAGCCAUUUGGACGUGACCUUCAGAGCUCGCAGGAACUGUCAGCUCAUCUGGGGUCACUGUUCACUGAGGAUCACAUCUACCGCAUAGACCACUACCUGGGCAAGGAGAUGGUCCAGAACCUCAUGGUGCUCAGGUUUGGAAACCGAAUCUUUGGACCAAUAUGGAACAGGAACAGCGUGGCCAGUGUGGUUCUCACCUUUAAGGAACCUUUUGGAACUCAAGGCCGUGGAGGCUAUUUUGAUGAUUUUGGUAUCAUCAGAGACGUCAUGCAGAACCACCUGCUGCAGAUGCUCUGUCUGGUUGCAAUGGAGAAGCCUGCCUCCACCAGCCCAGAUGAUGUCAGGGAUGAAAAGGUUAAAGUACUGAAGUGUGUAGCUCCGGUGUCACUCUCAGAUGUUGUGCUUGGUCAGUAUGUGGCUGACCCUCAGGGUGAGGGUGACUCACGGCUGGGGUACCUCGAUGACCCCACCGUACCUAAAGGCUCAUGCACACCAACAUUCGCAACUGCUGUUGUCUAUGUUCAAAAUGAAAGAUGGGAUGGAGUUCCAUUUAUUCUGCGCUGUGGUAAAGCCCUGAACGAGCGGAAGGCAGAGGUGCGUCUGCAGUUCACCGACGUUCCAGGGGACAUCUUUGGAGAACGUUGUCAGAGGAAUGAGCUGGUGGUGCGAGUGCAGCCGGAUGAAGCCAUUUACCUGAAGAUGAUGACCAAGAGGCCCGGGGUUUACUUCAGCCCAGAGGAGACUGAGCUGGACCUCACCUACAGGAGCAGAUACAAGAAUGUGAAGCUCCCAGAUGCUUAUGAGAGACUGAUCCUUGACGUAUUUUGUGGAAAUCAGAUGCACUUUGUCCGCAGCGAUGAGUUACGAGAGGCCUGGAGGAUCUUCACUCCUCUGCUCCACCAAAUAGAAAGAGAGAAGACGCAGCCGAUACCUUACAUAUACGGAAGCCGUGGUCCGACAGAGGCAGAUGACCUGACGAGGAGGGUCGGAUUCCGCUAUGAGGGAAAGUACAAGUUCACGGCCUCCGUGGAAACACACACACACUAACACAUAAUCUGACCAAUAACUGAGCUCUAAAGUACAUGGAGUAUUUGGAGGAUCUGUGAGAAAAGGAGCAGAGGUUAACACACACUGUGCAUGGCUAUUUGUGAAGGAUGCACCUCCUCUCACACCUGGUAUCGUCUUCGUUGCUGUUCUGUGCUGCUGCUCCGUCCUCGAUGCCCCGGGCAUACAGAUGCACCAGCUGACAGUGGACCCUGAGCAGAGAGGGGAGGG